AUGUCGAGCGUCUUACGUUCGGUGAAGAAUGUCACCAAAGGAUACUCUUCCGUCCAGGUGAAAGUGCGCAAUGCGACCAGCAAUGACCCAUGGGGUCCCACGGGGACGGACAUGGCUGACAUUGCCAAAAUCACAUACAACAGCUCCACAGAUUUCUACGAGGUCAUGGACAUGCUCGACAAGCGACUCAACGACAAGGGCAAGAACUGGCGACAUGUGCUGAAGAGUCUGAAGGUCCUGGACUACUGUCUGCACGAAGGCUCAGAGUUGGUCGUGACUUGGGCUAGGAAGAACAUUUACAUCAUCAAGACCCUGCGCGAGUUUAUGCACACCGACGAGGACGGCAGAGAUGUUGGCGCAAGCAUCCGAGCAUCCGCCAAGGAGCUUACUUCUUUGAUUCUUGACGAAGAACGAUUGCGCGCCGAGCGGCAAAACCGUGGAUCAUGGAAGUCGCGCGUCACCGGACUGGAGGACUUCGGCUUGGGAGGAGAACCUAACCAAGAGCAGCGCCGACACCAGCAGCGAAGGAACCAACGACCGGACGAUGAUGACGAUCUCGAGUUCAGAUUGGCCCUUGAGGCUUCGAAGAACGAGGCCGACGAGGCAGCGAAGAGGCAGAAGCCACAGAAUGGUGAGGCUGACGACGAUCUCGCCAAGGCCAUCAAGUUGAGUCAGGAAGAGGAAGAGCUCCGGAAGAGGCAGCUGCAGGAUCAAGAGCAAGGCGAUCUACUGUUCGACGACACACCUGCGCAACAGCCACAGCCCACGGGCUUCAACCAAGGCUACCAGCAGCAGGCCGCCGUGGACUGGUUCGGCAAUCCUGUGCAGGGACAGCCGACUGGCUACUACGAUAACGCGUACAGCCAGCCGACUGGCCUGCAGCCGCAGCAGACCGCAUUUCAGAAUGGCUACGGAUAUCAGCAACCCCAGCAGACGGGAUACGAUCAGAUGCAGCAACCGCAACAGCAAUUCUUGCAACCACAACAGACAUACAACCCAUGGGCCCACCAGAUGGCUCUGGAUCAGCAGAACCAAAACCAGCAACAAGCACUUCAGCAGCAACAAACUGCACAAGCUGGAUCCAACAACCCAUUUGGUGGCUUUGGACAGUCACAAGGCACUAUUGGCGUGCAGGCGACUGGCUCGAACAACCCCUUUGCCCAACAGGCUCCACGUGCACAGACAGCAUCGCCAUUUGGAGGCAAGCCUACACUCGAUACACUGCGAGAACAGCACGCAACAAACCAGUUCACACAAUCUCGACCCAACCCAAUACAAAACUUUACCUCGCCUGUGCAACAGCAACCGGUACAGCCCCAGCAGACACAGCAACAACAACCUCCUCAAGACCCUUACCAAGCGAAGCUCAACGCUCUUUUGGCAAGCGGCGAAGGGCAAGAUACCUUCGGAAAUACUGGCGAUCUUCGUAUACCCUCUCAGCACACUGCCCCUGGCACUUUUGUCAACUCUGCGGGAGCUGGCAGCAUGGGCCGAUUGGAAGCUGCAAAGACUGGCAACAACCCCUUUUACUCUCAAGCACCACAACAGUAUCCUGCUCAGACUGGACCAGCUGGUGGCUUUGGUGGGAACAACCCGUUCGGCGCUAGACCACCGCAGCAGCAGAAUAAUCAGGGCAGCUUGAUCGAUUUAUAG